AUGAAUUCACAAUACCAAAAAAACAAAUCAUCAGAAAGAAAAAGGGCGAAUCCCUUAAUUGAUUUAAUAGAAACAGAAAAGACAUACAUAAAUGAUUUAAGAUGUUUGCUAAAGAGAGUUACAUCCUGUUGGAGUUCUAAGGAUCUUCCUCCGCCCGAAUUGGAUAUACUGUUCCUUGCUAUCGAGGAAAUUUAUAAACGGAACAAACAAUUUUACUCAAAAUUGGCAAAGCUUGGCGCAUCCCCUCAGUCCGCAGAAGAACUUGGAGAUACUUUAGUAGGCUGGGUGGAUGAAAUGGAAGAACCAUACACAAAUUAUUGUCGAAAGUAUCGACAAGGCUUUGAUGAUAGAAAGGAUAUUGAGGAAAAUUUGGUUUUACAGCAGACUUUAAAUGACAUUUCCGCCGAAAACAAUCAGCCAGUAUCAUUAGAUUACUUUUUUGACAUCCCAAUGAAAAGGAUUCACUAUUAUAAAAAAUUAUAUAUGCGCCUAUUUAAAAGCACGGAACCUGGUCGUUCCGAUCACAUUAUUUUGGCUUCUGCAAACGAAAGACUUGAUCUUCUCAUUAACCUAGAGAAGCAAGUUAAAGAAUCAAAUUUAAAAGAUCCGAUAAUCACUUCCCAAAAGUUAUAUCACACUGUACCUUCACAUUUAGUGGAAGAACGUGCCAUAACUCCUAACAAAGAUCAAGUAUUCCCUUCAAACAAUUCUCUAGAGCAAGAGCCAGAAUCCUACUCUCCUUUACGUGAACGAAUUCAACAAGAUCAUAUUCAUUCUCCAAUGCCACAAAGACUCCAUUCCCCAAUUUCUCCGAUACAAGAUUACGAAUACCCUCAGGUUCAGAAACAAGUUAAUGAACCUAUAUAUGCAGAAGUUAUGGAGUCCACAAUAUCUGAUUACUUUUCCAAUGACGAUCAGCCUGAUUGGAAUAUAUUAGACUUACAAAAUUUUAUCGACACUUCAAAAACUUUUGAUAUACUUACCAAACAACCCAGAAAAAUAAAUUUGAACCUACAACCGUCAAGUUUGCCUUUCAAACGAGAAUUAAUUCUCUAUGAUGAUUUCAUUAUUGAAGUUCCUGAGUACGAUAGUGAUGAAAGAUUUCAUGUGCGUGCGCACUUGUUCUUAUUGACCGAUCUCCUGUUGGUUUGUCAAAAAAUUGACAUAAAAGACCAACAUAAUAUUCCCAAUUUUAAAUAUUGGCUAAUGUAUCAACCGUUGAGCGGAAAACAUUUGUCUAUAAGGGAUAUAAGUUAUGAGGAAGGAGACAUGUUGGAAUUAACUAUAAUGAGAGAUGAGACCAUGAUCAUUUUUCCUCAGUCAGACAACAAGAAAGAUAUUUGGUUCAAUGAAAUCUCCAAAGCGAUAAAGUUUGCCUCAGCUGGUGCUAUUAACUCCAUAUUGCCUACGAAUUUUUGCGCAAAAGGUCAAUCAGGAAUCAAUAGGGUAACCUUGAUUGACCUCUCCAUUGAUGCCCAAAUCAGAAUGGUGAGACCGCAAGUCAAUACAGAUGUAAGAAAUUUGAAUUCAGCAGGUAGCAGUCCUAACACGCUAUCUACAUCUCCAAACACGGGUGCUUCUUUAACACCUAAUAGCUUGAGUCAAUCAAGGUCACCCACAAAUUUGGGACAUUCACCCACAAACAUGGGACAUUCACCCACAAACAUGGUACACUCACCCACAAACUUGGGACACUCACCCACAAACAUGGGACACUCACCCACAAACUUGGGACACUCACCCACAAACUUGGGACACUCACCCACAAACUUGGGACAUUCGGCUACAAACUUGGGACAUUUGUCUACUGGUUCAUUUAAAUCAGGGUUACCAGCAAGACCGAAUCAGUAUCUCGGUCCACGAUCGCGAACCCUUGAUCUUCAACGUGAUUCUGGAGAAGAAUAUGAUUAUAAACCUGGUAGUAACAAUUAUAAUCAAACACAAGAUCGAAUCAGCGAUCCAUCAUCUUCUAGUUCUAUAAAUCGAGCGCAAUUAAUGUCAUCUCUUAAAC